AUGGAGUUCGACAGUAACUCGACUCACGUGGGCCCCGCCCUCCAACCCUUCCCCAUGUCAACCAACUAUUUCAAGUCAGAAUUCGACGACGUUUUCCACACAGACUCAAAGGGCUAUAACUUCCAGGAUUUACACCCGUUUGAUCAUCAUUUCUCGUCGUCAUCAACAUCGCCCCUCGUGGGACCGUCACCAAUCUCCUUCUACCCUGAUCUCGCCAUCCAUAUGAAUGGCUUCGACCCGUUUGAUCCAUUCUCCAAUGACAACUCCCCAUCUCAUCACCAAAACCUCAAUCUCUUCAAACCCUCCCAAGAAAACAGCGAAAUUGCCCAUAACAACAACAAUGGCGGCGCUGUGGGAGGAUACUUGAGCUACCCAAACCCCAAAAUCUUGAGCUUUCAUCAUGAUUUGAAGCCUACAAACGUUGUUGUCCCCGAUGAGAGCUCUUGCGUUUCUGCUAAUCCAGGUUUUCGCAAAGAAACCGGUGGGAGAAAGAGGAGCAAUAGGGCUCAUCAAACCACUGAUAACAAUGGUGCAUCUGCUUCCAUGAAAAAACACUCCAAAGGUAGAAAAAAAACCAAAUCAUCCAAAGGGCAAUGGACUGUUGAAGAAGACAGGCUAUUGAUUCAGCUGGUAGAGAAGCAUGGAGUUAGGAAAUGGUCUCACAUUGCUCAGCUGUUGAAAGGGAGAAUAGGGAAGCAAUGCAGGGAGAGAUGGCAUAACCAUUUGAGGCCUAAUAUCAAAAAGGACGUAUGGAGUGAGGAGGAAGAUGAGAUCCUGAUCAAAGCUCACGUAGAAGUUGGGAACAAAUGGGCAGAAAUCGCGAAACGCCUCCCCGGAAGAACUGAAAACUCCAUCAAGAACCACUGGAACGCCACCAAGCGAAGGCAAUUCUCCCGCCGAAAGUGCCGCACCAAGUGGCCCAGACCCAGCUCUCUCUUGCAGAACUACAUUAAGACCGUCCUGAACUCGGAGAAAAACUGUGGCGGGGCAAGCCGGAGGAACGCGUCAACCAACGCCGAGGCAUCCACGGUGGUGGAGCCACCGCCACCUCCGCCACCAAAGGCGGAGCCGAUGGAGUACUGCGGCGGGGACAAUUUAGUCCCGGACUAUGAUUUCGCAUUGGAUGAGAAGUUGUUUGCAGGGAAUGGGAUUGAGUCUUUCAUUGAAGAUAUUCCAGGUGGCCCUCUGGUAUUGGAUGAAAAGUAUAUGGAGGAGAUGGCCUAUGACAUGCCUCCCAUGAUGUUUGGUGAACCAAAGGAGCUUGAUUUAAUGGACAUGAUCUCUCAUGUCAAUCUCUGA